AUGCCCAACGUCUCCACGGUAAGGGAAUUCCUACUGCUGGGCUUCACGGACAGCCGGGAGAUGCAUCUCGUCCACGCGGCGCUGUUCCUCCUGGUCUAUCUGGCGGCCAUUAUGGGGAAUCUCCUCAUCAUCACCAUCACCGUCCUCGACCGGCGCCUCCACACUCCCAUGUAUUUCUUCCUCAGGAACCUGUCUGUCGUUGACCUCUGCCUCAUCACCGUCAUCGUCCCAAAUUCCAUCCACAACUCCUUGACCAAUCGCAACUCCGGCUUCGGGGCCAUCAAAGAAAAUAUAUCAGCGGCCCUGACAGGGAAUCUUCUCAUUGUCACCAUCACCGCCAUCAACCGGCCUUCAGAAUACCCUGUCCUCAUGGUGAUGUCCUUUGACUACUACAUCGCCAUCUACCUCCCCUUGCUCUACGAGGUCGUCAUGAGCAGAAAUGUCCCCUUCCUUAUGCAAAUAAUUGACCACCACCACUUAACCAAGGAAUUUCCCUUGGAACUAGCCAGAUACUUAGCUGUCCUACAAAGUUCAAAGAUAACGCUGGACGUUGAUGAAUUGUCAAAGUCUGGGAGGUGCACCCUGAUUCUCCACGAGAUAAGGGAGCUGCCCCUGGUCCACGCCGCACUGUUCCUCCUGGUCUACCUUGCUGCCCUGACGGAGAAUCUCCUCACCGUCGCUGUCUUCCUGGUGGUCCUGUUUGCAGGUUCAGAGUUUCUCCUCAUCGUGGCGAUGUCCUAUGACAGCUAUCAUCGACUGAGCUUCUGUGUGUCCGACAUCAUCAUCCAGCAGUUAUUCUAUGACAUCCCCUUCCUGCUGAAGAUCUCCUGCUCCGAGGACCACAUCGCCAUUAAUGUGAGCAUCACCAAUGGGGUAGUUUUUGGUGUCGUCUGCUUCGUCUUCAUAAUCAUUUCCUACAUGCGCAUCUUCCAGGCCGGUGCUGAAAGUCGGGGGUACCCACGGUAUCGCUGGAGAGGGAAUGUUCAAUAUCACAACGAGGUUGGAAUUCCUCCUCCUGGGUUCUUGGAGGUUCGGGAGCUGUGGCUGGUCAACGCCGCAUUGUUCCUCCUGGUCUACCUGGCGAUCCUGACGGAUAAUCUCCUCAUUGUCACCGUCACUGCGCUUGAUGAGCGCCUCCACACCCCCAUAACUGUGAUUUAG